AUGCCAAACACUGGAGCUGCCUUCCCUUGCCAUUCUCCAAGGAGUCUACUUGAAAGUCACGACGGAGACUCUCUGCUCUCAUUAAUUGGAUCAUCUAUCCAAUCUUCCGAAAGGUCACCUCGAAAGGUAUCCUUCAUUUCUCCUUCAUCGUCUUCUCGCAUGAGCCAUAGCUGCCAAAGUCUCUUGGAGCUUCUUACCGCCGCCGUGGAUUUAACUCAAGAAGACCUUUAUGAUAUCGAUGAUACCUUUCAGCUUUCGCAUGAACCCCUUCCUUCCCGUGGACCACAGCAGUAA